CCACAAAACCGUAAUAUAUAUAUAUAUACCAUAUACGACAUGCAAAACAGUGCUCUUUCAGUUUCUUCCUCCCAGACGCGGAUGCAACGCAGUCCGCACUCUAUAGCCGUUUAUUUCCCCAUGCUCUUGAAUGGGUACACGAGCUCUACCGUCCAAAUCAAUGUAAGCAGACUAGGCCAACUUAACCAACUCCACCUCAAAGCUUUUACGUGCUUUGGUCAAAACUCCUUUGGCGCCUCUUUCAACAGCACAAGCCUCACCGAGGGCGCCUCACAGUCUUACUCAUCUCUGAUUCAAGUUAUUCAACUAUGUACGGAGGAGAGGUCCUCAACAGACGUGGGGAAAAUCCAGACCCGCAUAAUCAAAUCUGGUUUUUACCUAAAUGUGGGCAGUAAGCUUAUGGAUGCGUACGUUAAGUGCGGUAGUGUCGAGGAUACUCGUCAAGUAUUCGAUGAAUUGCAUAAUAAGCACAUAGUUACGGGGAACUCAAUGAUUUCUUCUUACGCUAGCCAUAAAAGGAGUAAAGAUGCUAUUGGGCUUUAUGAGAGGAUGGCUUUGGAGGGAGUUUUACCCGAUGAGUACACGUUCUCCAGUGUCUUCAAGGCUUUUUCUGAUCUGGGUCUUGUACUUGAAGGCCGGAGAGCUCAUGGGUUGUCCGUGGUUUUGGGUUUGGAGGUUUUUAAUGUGUUUGUUGGCAGUGCUCUUGUUGAUAUGUAUGCUAAGUUUGGUAAAUUGAGAGAUGCAAGGCUUGUGAUGGACCGCGUUGCGGAGAAAGACGUGGUUUUAUUUACAGCUUUAAUUGUUGGAUACAACCAGCACGGUGAAGAGGGUGAAGCUCUCCAGGUCUUUGGAAAAAUGAUCAAUGAAGGAGUUAAGGCUAAUGAGUUUACUACUGCAAGCAUCUUGAUCAGUUGUGGGAAUUUAAAGGAUUCAAGAAAUGGGAAAUUGGUUCAUGGUCUAGCCAUGAAAUCCGGCUUCGAAUCUGCUGUUGCCUCUCAGACUUCACUUCUUACUAUGUAUUCCAGAUGUGGCUUGAUAAUUUAUUCUUUAAAGGUUUUUAAACGCUUUUCUAAUCCGAACCAGGUGACUUGGACAUCUCUUAUGGUGGGUCUCGUGCAAAAUGGUGGCCGGAAAGGGAUUGCUUUGGCAAAAUUUAGACAAAUGAUUCGCAGUUCAAUAAUCCCUAAUUCUUUCACUUUAUCUACUGCCCUUCAGGCAUGCUCAAAGCUUGCAAAGCUUGAGGAAGGAAGACAAAUCCAUGACAUAGCCACGAAAUUAAAUUUGGAUAGAGAUAAGUAUGCAAGUGUCGCCCUCAUUGACAUGUAUGGUAAGUGUGGAAAUACAGAAAUGGCAAGGUCUGUUUUUGAUGCUUUGAUUGAAUUUGACGUGGUAUCCGUUAAUUCCAUGAUCUGUAGUUAUGCCAAAAAUGGUUUUGCAUAUGAAGCGCUUGAACUACUCAACACAAUGAAGGAUUUGGGACUUGAGCCCAAUGACGUCACGUUUUUGAAUGUUCUCUUAGCGUGCAACAAUGCUGGGUUAGUUGAAGAAGGCUGCCGAAUCUUUGCCAUCAUCAGGGACAAUCAAAAUAUCGAAUUGUCCACAGAUCACUAUGCUAGCAUGAUGGUCGAUUUGCUGGGACGUUCUGGGAGACUUGAAGAGGCUGAAAUGUUAAUAGAACACGUAAAAGAUCCGGAUGUGGUCCUAUGGAGAAUACUUUUAAGUGCUUGUAAGAUUCAUGGAGCAGUGGACAUGGCAGAAAGAGUUGUAAAUAGAGCCCUGGAGUUUGCUCCAGAGGACGAGAGGACUGAUGCCCUGCUGUCGAAGCAUUAUGCUUCCUGUGGAAAUUGGAACCAGUUUAUUGAGGUGAAAAGUGCAAUGAAGGAUAUGAAGUUGAAGAAAAUUUCUGCAAUGAGUUCGGUGGAUAUUGAUAAGGAUGUUCAUACUUCCAAAGCUGAAGAUUGGUCUCACCAAAGACGUAAAAAGAUACCUGAAAUGUUAGAAGAACUAAUUGAGAAGAAGCAGGCUUUUGAAGAUGUAAAUGAACAUGUUGGGCAAGAUGCUGCUUGA